AUGGAUGAACUGAUCACACUGCAUAGGUUGCGCUGGCUUGGCCACGUGUUGCGUAUGCCAGUCGACCGACUUCCUCGAAGGGCUCUUUUCACACAACAACGUGAAGGGUGGAAACGAGCCAGAGGUGGUCAAACAAUGACUUGGCAGAGAACUGACCCGGUCACUGUCGUCUUCCGGGAUGGAGACCAUGAGACGGGCCACAUCAGUGGUUGGAUACAUUAUCAGACAUGGCCUAGUUGCGCCCUCAAUGAUGCUCGUGAACCCAAGCUAUUGCCUUCAAUGCAUAGCUUCCUUCCCUUUCCUUCACAUAACAGCCCAGUGCUGUAUUUACGCAAUAAUUUAGCAGCUCCCUCCUCCGAUGCGCAUCUCACUACUUCACCUCCCCGAAAUACGGUGAACGAAACUGUGGAACCCACGACCACUGUACGACAAUUUUCUACGCAUGUCACCCUGUCCAUGGUAAAGGCCGCAUUGAUUCCUCGAAGUGGUGUAUUUGACCUCAUGCAAAUUGCAGUAACCAGAGAAGAAAAUGUCUUCUGUAACAGCAAAUGCGCCACUUAUGCAGCAUGCACUAGCCCGUGUAAUGCUCAGGAACAAGUUGCGAGAAACCUGACACCUUGGUGGGAAAUUGAAAAGUACAAUCUACCAGAAACCAAGAGACACAGGAACCAUCUUAAGCUGUUUAUCAGCACACCCAAAGUUUGUGUACGCCAGUAUUUUCUCAUCGAUGUUUCGUUGAUAUCUAGACCCAGUGAAGAAUGGUUUGGCACAGCAAUCAUUACAUAUAAAACAGGAACAUCGGACGUUAUUCGAAGGUUGUUAAACUUAGCCAACAUUCGAGUAGCUUUUCAGAAGGGAAAAACGCUACGCUCAGUUUUGGCGCAAUUGAAAGAUCCCUUGCCGGUUGAAAGGGCUGGGGACUGUGUGUAUAAAAUUAACUGCAACGAGUGUGCCGUUUGCAUAGGGCAAACUGUUAGGGAAUUGCACACCAGAAUUGAUGAGCAUAAAAGAAGGAUAAAAGAACCAACAAGGAAUGCAGAAGAAUGCCAAAAGCUGGUCAAUGGCCCAGCGAUGGUGGUACAUGCCUUAGACACGGGACAUAGAAUGGAUCUGGAGAAUGUUGAAGUUUUAAGACGGGGACUGCGAUUCACACCACAGCGGCUGAUAGCCGAGGCGGUGGAAAUUACUAACCAUCAUAGUGUGAAUAGAAUCGAGGGUGUGGAACUGGUUUCGCCCCAGACGAAUCAUAGAUCUUGUCCUAAUGUGGCUUUACUUCAACUGCUAAACCACCGUCGCCGUCCGAAGAGGCUGGAGAAAAUGCCUCUGGUGGUCCGACCAGGCGAUGGGAAACUUGGUAGCCGCGAAGAUCACCAUGACUUCUUUCUGGUGGAUCCCAUGCAAGCUCCAAAACUGCGAAUGCUGCUUUCGGAUCUUUUACACCGGGAGGAAGAGCUCGCCUGA